UAGGACUGUCAGCCAACAUUUGACGCUAAAGCCCAAAAUAGCUCGGGGAAUUCUAAGCCACAGAAAACUUGAGGCAAUGGCCAAUCGAGGCUUUGCUUUCUCAACUUCUGAAAACUACACCAAUCUGAUGAGUUAGAGUUAGUGAUCCCUCUGAUGGCAUCCACCACUCAUCUUCACGCUCCAUAUUCUCUCUUACUCAAACCCCGAAACAUAACUCACCUGCAACAAGACUUCAGAGCAGCAACAAGGAGAGCAAUAACUAGAAGAACAAACUACAGUAGGCUGAGUGUUUUUGCAUCACGGGGGCCAAGCAAACCCCAAAGAGCUCCUCCAGGAGUUGAUACCAGAAUCCACUGGGAUAAUGAAGAUGAAGGGUGGAUUGGAGGGCCAUCGAAUUCACAGCAAACCAAGGAGAAGCUGAAUGCUGAAGAGGAGCAGAAGAAUCUCCUGGGUGAUAAGUUUGCUGACUUGCUCAAUUAUUCCGAUUCUCAUUACCAGUUCCUAGGAGUCUCUGCAGAAGCUGAUUUGGAAGAGAUUAAGGCAGCUUACAGAAGGCUAUCAAAAGAGUACCAUCCUGACACAACUUCACUUCCACUAAAAGCAGCUUCAGAGAAAUUCAUGAAGUUAAGAGAGGUUUAUAAUGUUUUGAGCAAUGAAGAGAGUCGUAAUUUCUAUGAUUGGACACUUGCUCAAGAGGCUGCAAGCCGUAAAGCUGAGAAACUGAGGAUGAGGUUAGAAGAUCCUUACCAGCAAGACUUAAGGAACUAUAAACCGAAACCCGAUAUGGUUGAUCGUCUUGGUGGGAGGAACAUUGAGCUAAGUGAUCAAGCAAUGACAGCCCUCACCUUUGAUGUUUUUAUCAUUGUCUUUGCAAUUUGUUGCAUCAUUUAUGUGCUUGUAUUUAAAGAACCAUAUUACUAGCUAGGAUGAGCAGUUUAGAGUGAAGAACCUCAAAAUUGUACAUAAUGGUCAUUAAAAUGAAUCUAUAGUUGUUGAAGGUUUUGUAU